GUCCUCGGUGUUGUUGCCGGAAGUGGAGGAAGAGGCUUGUAAUGGCGGCCGCGACAGAAAUACAGGUCCCGGGGGACAGUGCGGAGGAAGGGGUGCUGACGGCGGCCGAGGAGCUGGCGGCCCAGAAGCGCGAGCAGAGACUGCGCAAAUUCCGGGAGCUGCAUCUAAAGCGGAAUGAAGCUCGGAAAUUAAAUCACCAGGAAGUUGUGGAAGAAGAUAAAAGACUCAAGUUACCUGCAAAUUGGGAAGCCAAAAAAGCUCGUUUGGAGUGGGAACUUCAGGAAGAAGAAAAGAAAAAGGAAUGUGCAGCGAGAGGCGAAGACUAUGAGAAGGUGAAACUGCUGGAGAUCAGCGCAGAGGAUGCCGAGAGAUGGGAGAGGAAGAAAAAGAGGAAAAACCCCGAUCUUGGAUUCUCGGAUUAUGCUGCCGCCCAGCUACGUCAGUACCAUAGACUGACCAAGCAGAUCAAGCCUGACAUGGAGGCCUAUGAGAGACUGAGAGAGAAGCAUGAAGAAGACUUUUUCCCGACAGCCAACAGUCUUCUGCAUGGCACCCACGUGCCCUCCGCGCAGGAGAUCGACAGGAUGGUGCUCGAUCUGGAGAAGCAAAUUGAAAAGCGAGACAAAUACAGCCGGAGACGCCCUUACAAUGACGAUGCAGACAUUGACUACAUUAAUGAGAGAAACGCCAAGUUCAACAAGAAAGCAGAGCGAUUCUACGGGAAGUACACAGCUGAGAUUAAGCAGAAUUUGGAAAGAGGAACAGCCGUUUAGCCCUUCAGGGACUGUUUUUAUAAACUUGGCAGGGGGGCGGUGAACCUUUCUGCUAGCAAAUGGAGUUUGCCUUGAAACCAGAGCCCAGUCUAUGCCUCUUCCCACCCAGCAUUUAGAAAUAAAUGUUUUUUUCUUAAACAUA